AUGCUGCUGCUAUUUACUGAGAUUGACAGGGGAUUUGGAUGGACUGACGAUUUAGUAGGGGGAAAUAUCCCCCCUUAUGCGAUCCUCUCGCACACCUGGCAAGGGGAGGAGGUGACGCUUGCCGAUUUGAAAGAUUCACCUAAUGGUGGAAGAGACAAGAAAGGGUAUAAGAAGCUUCUAUUCUGCGCUCAACAGGCUGCGCUGGACGGUCUGGAAUACUUCUGGGUGGACUCCUGUUGCAUUGACAGGUCUAAUUCGGUCGCACUUGAAGAUGCUAUCAACUCUUUGUUUUACUGUUAUCGGAAUGCAGCAAAAUGCUACAUCUAUCUAUCUGAUAUCUCCACACCGGACUGGGAAGAAACUAGCAAAAAAUCUGAUUGCAGGUGGCAGUCAGCUUUUAGGAAAAGCAAAUGGUUCGCCCGGAGUUGGACCCUUCAGGAGCUUCUUGCCCCGCGUUCGGCCGAGUUCUUCUCCUGUGAAGGCCAAAAGCUUGGCGAUAAGAACACACUUCGGCAAACUCUCCAUGAGAUAACUGGAAUUGCUACCCAAGCCCUUGAAGGAAGACCUUUGGCUCAUUUCAGUGUAAGAGAGCGGUUGUUGUGGGCAGCAAACCGCGGAGCAACACUGGAAGAAGACCAGGUAUACUCUCUUCUAGGCAUUUUCGGCAUCAAAAUGACGAUGAUGUAUGGAGAAGGCAGCUGGAACGCCUGUCUUCGCUUUUGGGAUGAGAUU